AUGAAUUAUAAAAUAUCAACUAUUUUAAUUUAUCUAAUUUUAUAUAUAAAUAAAAAUUAUGGACAUAAAAAAAUAGAAGUGUUUAUAUCACCACAUGAAUAUAUAAUAAAGAAUGAAGAAGGAUCAAAUGUUCCAAUAGUGUUAUCACCAAUUUGUAAUAUUUCAUAUUAUCCAAUUUUAUUAAUGGGUAAAAACUUAUUAAAAUCAAAUAAUAAUAAUAUAAAUAAUAAUAAAAAUUCAAUUUAUAUUGGAAAGAUACCAUGUACAGAUGUUAUUCAAUUUAAAAAUGAUAGUAGUAUACUUGAAUACUAUGGUGAUAUAAAUAACGAUUUAGAUAGUUUUGAUAAUUAUUCACUCGAUAAACAAUAUAUAAAUAUUUUAUUAAAUUAUACAAACAAACAUUCAGAUAUUGAAAUAUUGAAAUGUAAUUUACAAACUAAAUUUAUAUCACCUCCUGAUCUUUUAGAACAAGAUAUCUAUAUUGCUAUAAACAACAAUAAUAAUAAUAAUAAUAAUAAUAAUAAUAAUAAUAAUAAUAGUAAUAAUGAAGAUAUGCAUGAAUCACAAAAUUAUAUUCUUUAUAAAGGAGUAUCAAAAUAUCAAAGUAACACAGAUAUUUGUAAUAGUCAUAGUCAAUGUUUAUUAACUAUUUGUUUAUGUGACUCAUUUUCUUUGGAUGGUCCAUUGUGUAAUCUUAAAACUGAUAAUAGUGAUAAUAUUAAUAAUAAUAAUAAUAAUAAUAAUAAUAAUAAUAAUAAUAAUAAUAAUAAUAAUAAUAAUAAUAAUAAUAAUAAUGAUAGUAAAAGAAAAUUUUUAAAAGAAAAUAAUUAUAAAAUAAAUAAGAAACAACCAUUGUAUAAUCAAAAAUUACCAGAAAUAAUUUAUUCAAAUUCAAAUAGUAGUUGGACAAUAAGAUUUACAGAGAUUAGAAUAGCUGGUGUAGAUAAUAGAGAUAUUAAAUCAAUUUAUUAUAACCAAUUCAUUCAAUUCUUUCAUCAUGAUUGGUCAAUUAAAAAACUUUAUAAAUUAAAUGAUAAUAAUUAUUAUGAAAAAGAUAAUUCUAGUGACAGUAAUAUUAAUGAAGAAGAGUCAGAAGAAGAAGAAGAAGAUAAUAAUAAUAAUAAUGAUGAUGAUGAUGAUCAAGUUUAUAGAUAUAAAUUAAUAACAUCAGAUAUUAGUAUAAAUAUCGAAGUUUAUACUAUUAAUAAUAAUAAUUCAAAUAUUUUAUUAAAUGAUAGAUUUAAAUAUUAUAAAAUUGGUGAUAUUUUAAUAUCAAUAACAUUAUCAAAUGUUUCAACACCAUUAAAAACUGGUUAUAGAUUUAAAAUGGUAUUUGAAGUUCAAACUAAUAUUCAACAAAAACCAAUUUGUGGUAUCAAUAGUGAUCUUGAUCCAUUCGAAUUUGAAUAUGGUAAAAAUUUCAAUGGUGAUCUUAAAUGGCUUUCAACUACAAGUAAUUUCUCAACAUUAUAUACAAGAUUUAAUGUUGAUAAUUUAAAUAAUAAAAAUAAUAAUAAUAAUAAUAAUAAUAAUAAACUACAAUAUUAUAAUGAAAUAGAUAAUGGUGUAUCAUUUGAUAUUAUUAAAGAUCCAUAUAAUCAAAUUAAGGGUAAUUCAGAAGUUUUCAUUUUUUUUGAACCUUUUAAUGAUAGUAUUACAAUUUAUUCAGAUUUUAAAAUUUUAGGAUUUAUUGAAUUUCCAAAUAUUUCUCAUCAUCCAUGUAAAGAAGUUUUACCAAUUGCUGAUGCUACUGUUUAUUUAAUACCAACAAUUAUUCCUGUAAUAUCACUAGCUUUAAUUUGUUUAGUUAGUGUUGUUGUUAAUUUAGUUAAAACUAAUAAUGCUUCACUACAGUUUAAUAGGUUUGGUAGUAAUUUUAAAUCAAUAGAUGAUACUGAUAAUAAUUCAAAUAAUAUUUCAAAUAAUAAUAAUAAUUCAAAUAGUAAUAAUUCAAAUAAUAAAUAUAAUAAUAAUAAAUUAAAAAGUUAUAAUGAACCACUUUUUAAAACCAAUUUCCAAGAUAUAGAUGAAUAUUUUAAUACAAGUAUUAGUAAUAUACAUUCAAUUGGUUGUAAUGGUGCUUUAACUGAUGAGAAUUUUAUUUAA